GGCCCGCAGCGCCGCGAACCCCCUCCGGCCGCGCCCGGGCCGGCCCCCGCGGCGGGGCCGCGCUAUUUAUAGCAGGCGGCGCGGCGAUAUAAGGGAUGGCCGGCGCGGGCUGCGGGCCCGCCGGCGCUGCCCGGCCGAGGGCGCGGCCCCGCAGCUCGGCCGCUCCCGCUGAAAUGCGGCGCCCCGCGCUGGCAUGAGCCCCCCCGGCGGGAGCAGAGCGCCCCGGGCACCGCCGCUUUCCCUGGCCGCAGCUCGGUGUCGGGAAGAACGCGCUGUCGCCGACUGUCGCCGAUUGUCGCCGCGGAGCCGCCGCUCGCAGCAGCGCCGGGCGCGGGACGGACGCAGGUGCACACUGGAAGCAUGGCUACAAGUGCUGUUCCCAGUGAAAACCUCCCCACGUACAAGCUGGUGGUUGUUGGAGAUGGUGGUGUGGGGAAGAGUGCUCUCACCAUUCAGUUUUUCCAGAAGAUUUUUGUGCCAGACUAUGACCCAACUAUUGAAGACUCCUACCUGAAGCACACAGAAAUAGAUGGGCAGUGGGCAAUUCUUGAUGUUCUGGACACUGCAGGCCAGGAGGAGUUCAGUGCAAUGAGGGAGCAGUACAUGAGGACUGGAGAUGGUUUCCUGAUCGUCUACUCGGUGACAGACAAGGCCAGCUUCGAGCACGUGGACCGCUUCCACCAGCUGAUCCUCCGAGUCAAGGACAGGGAGUCUUUUCCAAUGAUUUUGGUGGCAAACAAAGUUGAUCUAAUGCACUUACGGAAAAUUACAAGAGAACAGGGGAGAGAAAUGGCAACAAAACACAACAUUCCCUAUAUAGAAACGAGUGCCAAGGACCCUCCUCUGAAUGUGGACAAGGCCUUCCAUGACCUGGUGAGGGUAAUAAGGCAACAGAUCCCAGAGAAAAGCCAGAAGAAGAAGAAAAAGACCAAAUGGCGAGGGGACAGAGCCACAGGCUCCCACAAACUCCAGUGCGUGAUUUUGUGACGGGACACCCUGGGAGUGCCUUGGACGCCUCCCUCCUCCCCUGCUGACCCCCUGCCAGCCCAGGCAAGGAGCCACAGCUGGGUGCUGCUGCCCACAGGGCCCCUGGGGCUCCCCACGGCGGCUCAGACUCGCAGGAGGCGGCUCAGAGGGUCCGGACCCCGAGAGGGGCUGCACGUCAGGGCCAGCGUGGGAGCUGUGCCAGUGGGGGCACAUUGAUCAGCAGGACCUCGACUCUCAAAGAUCCCCAGCACCUUCCAGGGGCCUCCAUGAUGCUUAUUAGGAAAAAAAAAACACCAAGGCAGAAGUUAAAAAAAAAAAAAAAAAAAGUGAUGUUUUUAUCUGCAAACAUUUCUCUUUGUGACCCAUUUCUGAACAGCCUUGAAUAGCCCCCCUGUUUGGUACAGUUGUCUGUGUAUGUGUGGGGGAAGGGAAAGGGUUUUUCUUUCUCUUAAUUUUUUUUUUUGUCCUCUUCUUCCUUUUUGUUGUUUGCUCAGCGAGUGUUGGGUCGCAAAGAAACAACGGCCAGGCUUAGAUUUUUUGCACUGGACUCCCUCUUGGGCGGCAGUGCCAAAACACAACUUCAUAUGAAAGUGCAUAGAUUUGGAGGAAGAAAAUUAAUUCCAGCUGCUCUGGGUGCUCCAGACAUUGUGUCAGACUCUGGAGGGUCGCCAGCUCACAGACCAUAAACUCCAGCUUAGGAAAGGAGGUUUGGGCUUGGAUUAUAUUUUUUUUUUUUCUUACCCUUUGUCAAGAGUUUUUGUUUCUGUUUUGUAACUUUGGACAUGUCAAACUUAAGACAUUUUGUUAACCUGGAAGUAUUUAAAUUAAAGUAAUUUACAAAUGGAA